UUUACAUUAGACUGUAAAAGAUGUUGACUAAAGAAGAAAAGGCAAAUGCUCUUGAAUAUGCCAAUGGUCUUGUUGACUAUGUUAACAAAUCUCCAACUCCAUACCAUGCAAUUAAAACUACUAGCUCUAAAUUAGUUGAAGCAGGAUUUGUUCAAUUAUCAGAAAGAGAAAAUUGGAAUAAACAAGAAAAAGUUAGAAAGGGUGGUAAAUACUUUGUUACUAGAAACGACUCUUCAAUCGUGGCGUUUACUGUUGGUGGUGAGUAUAAAGAAGGUAAUGGUUUGGCAAUUGUAGGGGGACAUACCGAUUCUCCAUGUUUAAGAUUAAAACCAAAAUCAUUAAUUAAAAAACAUGGCUUUAUACAAAUUGGAGUUGAGCAAUAUGGAGGAAUGAUUGCUCAUACUUGGUUCGAUAGAGAUUUAUCAGUUGCUGGUAAAGUUUACAUUCUGGAUUCAACUAAUGGUCAAUUAAUACCAAAAUUAGUUAAAAUUGAUAAACCAUUAUUGAGAAUUCCAACUUUGGCUAUUCAUCUUAAUCGUGAAGCUAAUCAGAAAUUUGAAUUUGAUAAAGAAACUAAAUUAUUACCAAUUGCUGGUCAAGUUUCGUUAGAUAAAAAUGCUUCCACAAAACACGAUGAACGUAAAUCAUGUGCUGAUGAUCCAGAUUUAAAGUUAACUUCUGAGCAAUUCGAAUCAGUUCAGAGUGUAAUUACUCGUCAUAGUCAAUCAUUAGUUGAGCUAAUUGCAGAUGAGUUGUCUGUUUCCAUUUCUCAAAUUGAAGAUUUUGAAUUGGUUUUAUUCGAUCAUCAAAAAUCAGUUAUUGGUGGGUUAAAUGAUGAAUUUGUUUUCUCUCCAAGAUUAGAUAAUCUAACCACUUGUUUCACUGCUACUAAUGCUUUAAUUGAAGCUUCCAAAGAAGCGAAUGAAAAUCAAGAUAUCAUUAGAAUUAUGGCAUUAUUUGAUCAUGAAGAAAUUGGAUCGGUUAGUUUCACGGGUGCUGACUCAAGUUUCUUACUCGAUAUUAUUCAGCGUUUAGGCAAAAUCAGUUUUGAUUCUUCUUCAAACAUGGUUGAUAAUUUCCAUCAAGUUGUUAGUAAUUCAUUUUUGUUAUCCUCAGAUCAAGCCCACGGUGUUCAUCCAAAUUAUAGCGAAUUUUAUGAAACAAAUCAUAGUCCUCAUGUGAAUCUGGGGCCAGUGAUUAAGAUAAAUGCAAAUCAAAGAUACGCAACUAACUCUUCAGGUAUAGUAUUGAUAAAGAGAAUUGCUGAAAAGGUUAAAGUUCCGCUUCAAUUGUUUGUUGUUAAAAACGGUUCUCCAUGUGGAUCUACCAUUGGCCCAAUGUUAUCUGCUAAAUUAGGUAUGAGAACUUUGGACUUGGGUAAUCCACAAUUAUCCAUGCAUUCAAUUAGAGAAACUGGUGGUUCUUACGAUGUAAUCCAAUUAAACAAUCUUUUCAAAGGUUUUUACUUGCAUUACAAUGAAGUCGAUCAAUGCUUACAAAGAUUGUAAAUAAUUUAGAUAUAUUUAGUUAACUAGCGGUAAUACAUUCUUACUUGAC